CUGCACCCCUUUAUGCUUUGACAUCAGCUGUUCUGCCUACAGAGCAGUGGCGUCCUGCUGGAGGAGACGGAAAAGCGCACAUCCGUGGUAUGAUGUUGCUUUUAUUAAUUGUCGCGGGCCUCGGAGUGGUGACGUUACUGGUGAUUUUAUUUGCUCCACACAUCAGAAAAUAUGCAGCAGGAGGAGUGUGCAGGUCCACAGUUAGUCUUGAUGGGAAGACGGUCCUCAUCACUGGGGCCAACACAGGGAUCGGGAAGGAGACUGCCAUGGAACUGGCAGUGAGAGGCGCGCGGGUGAUCAUGGCGUGUCGAGAUGUGGACAAAGGAGAGGAGGCCGCGGCCAGUAUACGAGCUGCGCAUCCCGAAACACAAGUGGAGGUUCGAGAGCUGGACUUGGCCGACACCUGCUCCAUACGAGCCUUCGCUCAGAAAUUCCUAGGAGAGGUCAACCAUCUUCACAUCCUUAUCCACAACGCCGGCGUGAUGAUGUGCCCCUACACAAAAACAAUCGACGGCUUUGAGAUGCACAUCGGAGUCAAUCACUUGGGGCACUUCCUGUUGACGUCCCUCCUGAUCGGGCUGCUGAAGCGCAGUGCGCCGGCCCGCAUCGUGGUGGUCUCGUCUCUGGCUCACAACUUCGGCUGGAUCCGUUUCCAUGACCUUCACAGCCAGGGCAGCUACAACAGCGGUUUAGCAUACUGCCAGAGCAAACUGGCAAACGUGCUCUUUACCAGAGAGUUGGCGCGUAGACUCAAAGGUACCGAUGUCACGGUGAACUCAGUCCACCCGGGGACGGUGAACUCCGACCUGACUAGACACUCGACUCUCAUGACGAUAUUUUUCACCGUCUUCGCCACGUUCCUAAAAACCCCACGCGAAGGAGCGCAGACCAGCCUCUACUGUGCAGUGGCAGACGAACUGCACUCAGUCUCUGGGAAACACUUCAGUGACUGCGCCCCUGCCUUUGUUGCCCCACAGGGAAGAAGUGAGGAGACAGCGCGGCGACUGUGGGACGUCAGCUGUGAGCUUCUGGGUAUCGAGUGGGACUGAUUCAACUUUUAACCACCAUCUAUCUCAGUUCUCAAAGGAGUCCUUCGUCUUUCUUUGAUCAUUCAUUUCACAAUGGUUUUGAUGUUCUGUACUUUGAGCGUUUCUUACCUAAUAAGCAGUCAGGUAAUACUGUAAGAGGUACUAUAAGGUGAAGUUGCUUUUUUGUGUAUUAAUGCAGUAAUUACAAUAUAAUGACUUAAGUAUUUGGUGCUCCUCAAACCAAACUCCACUGUAUUAUCACGUUACCACAAAUAACUUUUUGACUUUCUAUUUUUGUGAGACAAUGUGAAUACAGUGUAGGCAAAAAAGCAACUUGAUGUAUUGUAAUGCUGUAGGAAACUGUGAAGGGUCAAGCCAGGGUAACUGACCAGCAGCUAUAUUAAUUUGAUUUCUCCAGAAUUUGCAUUUAAAAAUUGCUCUACUUUUGUGCCAGCAUUUCUAAACAAUUGCAGGGGUUCUUAUAGCGUUUCCAGGUUGAUACAUAAUUAGUAAACUAUUGAAUAUCAGCAUUCGUCUGAGCCACGAUUACCGCUUGAAUUGCAUAAAUGUAUUUUGUGAUAAUUGUAGUCAAUGUAGGUAAUAAGGAGUUUUUUUUUCUAUAUUAACCAGAUCCGACUUAGAAUCAUGUCGUUGCAAUAUUUGCAGAGUUUUUCCCAUUUGCAUUGCCAAAAAUUGCACAAUCCUAGAGGCACUACAGUUUUACAUUUUUAAGGAUCUCCCUCGUCAUGUUUCCUUCUCAGCAUUCACAUGCAAGGUUGCCAAGAGUUUACAUUCUCUGUUUUAUACAAGUGAAACAUGCCUUUUACUACACUUACAUUCAUGUUCAGAGUUGAAUGUUUACAUUUGAUGUAAAUAAACAGAGAUAUUACUA